AAUGGAGCCUCCAGUUAAUCAAGAGAGGAUGGUCAUCGAAGAUGACACAAGUCAGAAUCAUCCAGCACCAAAGCUAAAGGAGAGAGGACAGUGGGCCACCAAAAGCGAAUAUUUUUUUUCAGUAGUUGGAGAAAUUGUAGGUGUUGGCAAUGUUUGGCGGUUUCCCUACCUGUGCUUCAAAAAUGGAGGAGGUGCUUUCUUGGUUCCAUAUGUUUUGUUCCUGUUUGCGUGUGGAAUCCCGAUGUUCUUUCUGGAAUUGUCUCUGGGACAGUUAACUAGUCAAGGUGGAGUCAGAAGCUGGAGGAAAAUAUGUCCUCUAAUGGAAGGUAUAGGCUAUGGUACUCAAAUGAUUGGGCUAUACAAAGUAAUUUAUUACAUCGUCAUCCUGGCCUGGGCUUUUCUUUACCUCAUAUCUUCCUUCAGUGCUGAACUCCCCUGGGCUCACUGCAACAACACCUGGAACACAGGCAAGUGUGCCGUUGACCACUGCCCUGUACCCAGUCUCAUCCUCACCCUUGACGAAGUACGGGAUGGUCGUGUUAUCAGCGUAUUUGAUGAUGAUGACUCUGUUGUCCAUGUUGGAUACACAGUCGUGGGUGUAUAG